CCUCCCCUUCCGGUCGGGGCCGCCCGGCGUCUGUGGCCCCACGUGUGUUUGGGCAGGAGUGCGGGCUUGCGAGGCGCCGCUCCGCGCUGGGAGCUUGCGGGGUGCGGAGUGCGGAGGUCCCCCGAGGCCUCUAGGACGGCACCAUGCCUAAAGCACCAAAGGAAAAAAGCACAGGACGAGAAAAAAAAAUCAUCCAUCCAUACAGUAGAAAAGCUGCUCAAAUUACAAGAGAGGCCCACAAACAAGAAAAGAAGGAGAAAUUGAAGAAUGAAAAGGCCUUGCGUCUCAGCCUUAUCGGUGAAAAACUGCAGUGGUUUCAAAAUGAGCUGGAUCCCCAAAAACUGAGAUAUUCAAAGAAAGAUGCUUGCGCAUUAAUUGAAAGGUAUUUAAAUCGAUUCAGCAGUGAGCUGGAACAGAUCGAGUUACAUAACAGUAUCAAGGACAGGCAGGGAAGGCGGCACCAUUCCCGGGAGAUGGUCAUCAAGCAGACCAUGGAGCGAGAGCGACAGCAGUACGAAGGCUAUGGCUUUGAGAUUCCAGACAUUUUACAUGCAAGUAGUCUGAAAACUUUCAGGGACUGGGAUUUGGACCUGAAGAAAUUGCCGAACAUUAAGAUGAGAAAACUUUGUGCUAAUGAUGCAGUUGCUAAGAAGCAUAAGAAGAAAACUCAAACUUUAACUAUAGACAAAGAUUUAGGGCAGUUGGAACUAAAAGGGGAAUCGAGUGACUCGGAUGAAGAAAUGACUCCCGUGGCCUGAUUGUCCUUACUUGACUUGAAAAUAAGUAAUAUGAGAACUUGAAGUCACACUUACUACUCAUGAAAAAUAAUCACCUAGUAUUUGCUGUUUAACUUAUUCUCUCUCAUAAUGUGAAUUACACUUGCAGUUUCAAAAAUGGUAUUGUAAUUUUUAUUUAAAUAUGAAACUUGCUUUUCAUUUAUAUUAAGUUGCUAAAAAAGAUGUAUUAUGUCUUCGUUACUGUUAACAAAAUACCAGAGGCUUGUAACUUAGAGAGAAAAGAAGUGUAUUGAGCUCAUGGUUGUGGAGGUUGAAAGUCCAUGCAGCACGGUUUUGGCUGUGGCAGGGCCCCCUCUUGCUUCUGUGCUCUGGGUGCCUGGUGUCAUCGUGGAGGGAGAGACUGGAAGCCAGAGAACGGAAAAGGCCGGUGAUGACCUCCCACCAGGCCGUGCCUCUUACCGGUCCAGGAGAACUGAAUGAUUGCAGGUUAGCUGCAGUUGAUUAUUAUGUUGUUUUCUGCUUUCUUAUUGUGAAAAGUGACAAGCUUUAUUCAGACCUAAAAGUUAGAGAUCCAGUGAUUAUAAUUGCUACUUUUUCUUCUAACAGAUAUAUUCGUUAAAUUACUGAAUUAACACAGUAUUUCAAGUUUCCUGACAAACAUGAAUGUUCCAGAAUUUUGUUCUUCAAAGAACUUAAUAAAUGCUAAUAUAUGUUAGUCUGUCUUUUAAAGGAUGUAAGUAUGUGUAACUAUUUUCAAGAAAAGGAAAAGAUACACUGUAUGAGAUUAACUAGGUAUCAGCUAAACUGUUAACAAUUUAUACAGAGUGUUGUAACUUUUAUAUUCCUGAAAAUUAAAAAUAAAAUUUAUUUCUAUAACUUUA